UGUGAUGUUUUUACCAAUUGUUUUUUAAUUCCGCUUCAAUUGUUUGUUGCUGAAUUUUAUUGAAGCGCAGUUAUGAAAAGUGCCACACGAUAUGCGUUAAAAUCCUCUUGUUUUACGCUCGAAAUUAUUCCUUGUUUAUCGUUUUAAGUCAACCUUCUGAUUUUCAUUACCAAAAAAUAAUUGUUUUUUGGGAAACCGCUGAAGAUUGAAAACAAAACGAAAUUCCAGACAUUGUCAUAACGAAUUGGGCGCUCCAAUAAACGUUUUACUUGGUCACAAUAAUCAUACUAUACUAUCUUGAAUUUAUUUUGCGAUAAAGUUCAUUCAUCAAUCAAAUCACUAUCCUGCUGGAUUAAUUGGUGUGAGAUUUACUUUGCUGCUAUCUAAAGAAGACGAUUAUUUUACUUCAGGAGAAACCGUGUAUCUGAUUCCAAAUGGGAGCUCUGAUGAAGAGAAUAAAGGAACAGCUGUUGUUGAUUCUGACGGUGCUAUCGAUUGUGUUGGCCGUCGUAACAGGGGUUUUAUUGAGAUUGUUCGCCGUCGAAGUGUCCCCCUAUGCUAUCUACUUGAUCACGUUCCCGGGGGAGUUGAUGUUCAGACUGCUUAAAAUGAUGAUCGCGCCUCUGAUUGUUAUUACCAUCAUAUCAGGUGUGUGCUCGCUGAAAGAUGGAACUGAUGGUAGCAAAAUUGGAGGACUGGUAGUUACAUAUUACAUAUGCACUUCGUUCUUGGCCUCGGUGCUCGGCGUUUGUAUCGUGCUUGUUGCUUCGCCCUACUUGAAGUCGAUUGGCGGAGAUUUCAGCGAAUCAAAUGAGGAGGAACAGACUGAAUGGAAGAAGUUUGAGGGCAACGCGAUUGAUGCUGUCAUGGAUCUACUGAGAAAUGCACUGCCGGACAACUUAGUGGCGGCGACGAUGGAGAGAGUGAGAACAGAAUACAGCAAAGUCUACUUGGACUCGUCAGGGGAGGUCAUUCCAUCACUAGAUGUGUACCUGAACGAGUCCAAUGGAUCUGGAGUUUAUGUGGAGAGGACUGUUAGGGCUACUCAAAGUGUAGAUGGGACCAACUUGAUAGUCUGGCGAGUAUUGCUUCGUCCAUUGGUGCACCCAGUAUUCCAGCGGCAGGCAUGGUCACCACCAUUCUAGUGUUCUCCUCUGUAGGCAUCCCUGUGGACAAAAUAGCCCUCAUCUACUCCGUCGACUGGCUCUUGGACAGAUUCCGUACAGUUGUCAAUGUAUGUGGCGAUUGCGUGGGCUGUGCCAUUCUGGACACCCUCUGCCAUGAGAAACUGACUGAAGCCAGAAGAGCCGUAGUGGCCAGGGGCAGUAGUCUAAAGAGAACCCCCUCCGCGAAGAAGAGAAGCUCGCAGAGGAUCCUAGAUGAACUAUCAGAACAAAACUCUAUCUCGCUUCCUAAUGGCGAUUUAUCCGCCGCCCACGAAGCUUAGUUCAAAGGUGCAAUUCGUUUCAUUCUCUGAAAUCAGGUCGUUUACUUCACCUUUUUAUCAUGAAUUGCAAAAAUUGUGUAAUCAUAUUGGAUAGCUGUUGUUUUUGCCGAAAACAAAGCUUUAGAUCAAUUUUCUAGGUUAUUCCUGUUUGAUUUCUCUGACUUCUUUAUCCUGUAAAUUCGAGUCAAAUUCACCUCUAAAUACGAUUAAAGGACUCGGAAGUAGUUUUCAAUUGAAGUCGACCAUGAUGUCGCGGUUGAAAUUGAAAUAAACUGAGUGACCACAGACAUGCAUAUAUUUAAACGCUGUAGUUUGAGGUGCUGGUGUGUAAUUAACACUUUAGCUCAUCUGCUAGUUACGUUCAUCGCCAGUGGCCAUAGUAUCAGUGCGAAGCGUGGUCUGUCAAUGUUAUCAGAGCCAUAUUAUCAGUGCCAUCGCCGCACUUCAGCCUUAAAUAAUUAAAAACUGAAGUAGUUUUACACUGAUAUUUUCAGGUAA